AUGGCAGAACAUCAGAAUAGCACAGUCAUCGUCGAGUCCGGAGGCAGGGCUGUCAACCGCCGACUACAAUCAGCGCAUUCCACCCAGGACACCAACAGUUUUACGUGUAUCAGCUGGAUAGGUGUGCCGAAGCCCACGACGUCUGAGGUUCUGGAGUUGAAAGGCAAGGUGUACCGCGCAGUCAUGGAUAGCUUGUCGGCGGGAGAUGCAUACCACAACCCCUUCCUUGCCGACGCCAUCGCCAUUCUGCUGGCCGCCACCACUAUGACUGAAGGAUUCAAUGCCGCUCAGAUGCAUACCCAAGCAUUUGUCAGACUCACGGAAAUUCAGAUCGAUGCUGCGCCGGGAAGUCCGACCACGUUCUCCGCUGCACCUCUUUUCAAUCCGUUUAAGCAAGUCCUGCGUCGAGCGGUUACGGCCCGAGAAGUGACACUUUGUCAGCGGAUCUUGAAGGACACCAUCAACCUGCUGCGCUUAUCUGCGAUCGAGGUCAUAUACGCGUCGACAAUGUAUACUGGCGCAGCUACCUCGAUGCCACCUGUUUGGACGAAGGUGUUGCUUCACAGCCAGGACGAGUGGUUCGAGCGUUACAGAUCACAGCUCAGCGCCAUUACUGAGCUGGCUUUGUCUGUCUCUGAUGACAUACCGUACGAUUGCCGAGACAAGCAGCAGGAGCCGCCUUUCUACGUGGGACCACCCAAGUUAUAA